AUGACUGUUAGCAGACCUAAGAUUCUCCAGCUCGGCCCAUGGGAAAACUCGAAGCCUGAAUGGGACAAGUUGGCACAGCACGCUGAUAUUAUCAAAUGUGAAUCCAAGAACAGAGACGAAUUCUUGCAAGACUUGAAGGAUAAGUACUCCGAUAUCACCAACAUCGCCAGAACCUUCCUGUCCAUUGCACAAACAGGUCGCUUCGAUGCGGAAUUGGUGGAAGCCUUACCAAAGUCUGUGGUGCUGAUCUCCCAUUGUGGAGCAGGUUAUGACCAGAUCGAUCCUGAACCCCUCACCAAGAGAAACAUCCAAUUGUCCAAUGUUACGGAGCCUGUUGAGGCACCCACUGCAUUGACGGCAGUCUACUUGACGUUGGCUGCUAUGAGAAACUUCCAGAGAGGUCACGACUUGUUGGUUGAAGGUAAAUGGCCAAUUGGCAAGUGUGGAGGAUCUCCUUUGGGAUAUGAUCCUGAAGGAAAAGUUGUUGGAAUCUUGGGUAUGGGCGGAAUUGGCAGAGCCAUCCGCGACAGAUUGGAACCUUUCGGUUUUGAGAAGAUCAUCUACUACAAUAGAAAAAGAUUGAGCCCUGAGUUGGAGAAGGGUGCUGAAUACGUCACUUACGACGAGCUUUUGUCACAGAGUGACGUGAUCAUGGUCAGUGUUCCUUUGAACAAGAAUACUCAUCACUUGAUCAAUGCAGACAGCAUUUCGAAGAUGAAAGAUGGUGUGAUCAUCGUGAACACAGCAAGAGGAGCAGUUAUCGACGAAGCCGAGAUCACUAAGGCCUUGAAGGAUGGUAAGGUGGGCUCAUUUGGCUCCGAUGUGUUUGAGUAUGAGCCGGAGGUAUCGCCCGAGUUGUACAACUUGCCUAAUGUGGUUUCGUUGCCACACAUGGGAACACACACGUAUCAGGCCAUGAGAAACUUGGAGGUGUGGGUUGUCGAGAACAUUCAUCAGUACAUUACCACCGGCAAGGUGAAAACGAUUGUUCCAGAGCAAAGCGGUAUUGACUUUGGCCACUCUGCCAUGAUCUAA